AUGUCGGAACAUGUCCAUGUCGAUUAUCAACAACUCAAUGAUAAUCUCCAAAGAUUUUUUGAAGCGCAUCCACAGGUCAAUCACGUUGUCGGAGCUGAAGCCUAUGCGCUUCUUCAACAGUGUCAAAAUGGUCUUAUCCAAUACGCAACGGAUUUACAAGAGGUAGAUGUGAGGGAUGCGUACCAGACCACAAGAGUACACUACGCAGAGCUCAGAGUUCGGCUAACAGCUACAAAGGUAGAAGUCUCCAAGGUCUCUUCAGUCAACGUCGAGUAG